AUGCGUACGAAUCAGUCGUUAGUUUUUCUUUUGAGUGCGAGGACGGAUGGUGUCGUGGGACCACGACAGUAUCCAAAACCAAAGCGGUAUUCAAAAGCAAAACGGUAUUCAAAAGGAAAACGUGAUCCAAAAGGAAUAUGGAAUCCAAAACGAAAACAGGAUCCAAAACGAAAACGGGAUCCAAAACGAAUACAGGAUCAGAAACGAAAACGGGAUCCAAAACGAAAACGGGAUUCAAAACGAAUACGGGAUCAAAAACGAAAACAAGAUCCAAAACGAAUACGGGAUUCAAAACGAAUACGGGAUCAAAAACGAAAACAAGAUCCAAUACGAAUUCGGGAUCCAAAACGAAUUCGGGAUCCAAAACGAAAACGGGAUCCAAAACAAAAAACGAGAUCCGAAACGAAAUGGGAUCAUAGCGGAGUCCAAAACCAAAGUGGAGUCCUAAGCUAA